AUGAAGUUCACUCUCGCCGCCGUUGCUGCCCUCCUCUCCACCGCCGCCAUUGCGGCUCCGUUGGAAGAGCGUCAAGAGGCCGCCGUCAACAUGAUGGUCACCUCCACCCCCCAAUGGACCAUCGCCAAGUUCCAGCGCGUGUGCAACACGGCCAACACCUCGUGCAAAUACUCCUUCAACAUCAACACGCACACCGCCCCCGUGACGCCGUGCAGCUACACCGUCACCGGCAACAACGCCGCCGACGCCUCGGUCAACGGCAAGACGUGCGGCGUCUACACCGUCUCCAGCAACUGGUCUGGCCAGUUCGGGCCCGGCAACGGCUUCACCACCCUCGCCGUCGUCAACAACCAGCUCAAGCAGAUUGUCUACCCUGCUUACAAGGAUGUGCAGCUCGCGGGCAACAAGGUUGUCACGCCCAACCAGAGCUACACUCCCCAGAACUUGGGUUAG